GGCAAAAGCCGCCUAUCUGUCAAUAAUUGUCAAUUUUGGUGGUUGUGGAAUAAUUUCUUGUUUUGUUUUGUUAUAAAUAUUACAAUUGAUAAAAACGUGUACAUAUUUCUUUAAAAAAAUUACUUGAAAUAAUAGAUUUUUUUAAACAAGCCUAACAAUCGUUUUGGGAUAAGGUUUUAAAAAUGGGUGACGAUGGUUCUUGGAGAACCCCAGCCUUUAGACAAAGUGUUGUAUCAAAAAUUGAUGAAGCAAUUCGUCAGUCAGGAAUGAACACUUCACGCAACAGCAUUGAAAUGGAAAAUCAUGUUUUCCAGAAAGCUAAGACAAAAGAAGAAUAUUUGGGCUACGUGGCCCGACUUAUUCUCCACGUCCGCGAAAUGAACACCAAAAAGGGCGCUGGAAUGGGUGUCCCAGGCCAAAAUCAAGGAGCUCCUGGCGUGCCUGACCCCAUAAACGCAUUACAAACAUUGGCCAUUCAAGGCACGAGAAACCCUUUGAUGACAAUGGGUGGCAAUCAGCCAGGCCCGAUGGGCGCCCAACAGCAAAUUGCAGCCUCAAAUUUACUACAAAAUUUGAACAGGGGCCCAGGACAAGCCAUGAACAACAUGCAGCAAGGGAUGGUACAGAGACCCAACAUGGGCAUGGGCCCCAACGGCGGCCCUCUACCCAACCAACUGGGCAACCAGAUGAGUCAAAUGAACACUCAAAUGGCCAACCAACUGGCUGGACAAAUGCCCAACCAGAUGGGCAACCAGAUGCAAGGCCCCGUGCAGAAUCAAAUGGCCAACCAACUGCCCGGUCAGAUGCAGAUGGGGGGCCCUAUGCAGAACUCCAUGGGGCCAAUGGGCAACCAAAUGCCCAAUCAAAUGCUAAGCCAGAUGCAAUCGAAUAAGCAAGGCCCUAUGAUGAUGAAUGGACCUAACACCGGAUUCCCCAGAAACUCAACCCCUAACCAGUUCCUGAGCCAAAGUCCGUCGCCCUCAGUCCAGUCCCCGGCUGGUCUCAGUGGGGCUCCGCCCAGUAAUCAGAUGGUAGCGUCGCCGGCUUUGGCCCCAUCGCCCAGCUCGCAAAUGGGCAUGUUGGGGGCAGGGCCCCCAAGGUCCGUGGGCAUGGUGCCCAGCCCUGGGAGCUCCCUCAACACGCCGGGACAACCAAACCAAAGCCCCAUGGGAAUGCAGGAUGAACAGGCUUACCGCGAAAAAGUCAGACAGUUGAGCAAGUACAUAGAACCGCUGAGGAAAAUGAUCGCUAGGAUGGGGAACGAUGGCGAACAUGUGGAAAAGCUGAGCAAAAUGAAGAAGUUGCUCGAAAUUUUGUCGAACCCGCAGCAACGAAUGCCUUUAGAAACACUGAAAAAAUGUGAAGUGGUUUUGGAGAAGCUUGACUUUAAGAGGAGUGACGGAAGUGUUCCAACAUCAACAAGUGGGCAUUUGCCCAUCAAGGAGCACCACGUGUUCAAUCCGUUAUUGGAGGCAGUCAGUAAUAAUUUACAAAGCUCGGUUAUAAAUCACACCCUACAUCGCACUUUUGGGCCCACUUUGGAGGCUCUAUUUGGGCCAGAAAUAAAGUUGGUUCCCCCAUUGAAAAAGAUGAAACUGGAAGAGCCCACCAGCGAUAUUCCCGAUGUACUUCAGGGGGAAAUCGCGCGACUCGAUCAGCGAUUUAAAGUCUCACUUGAUCCAAACCAGCAGCCUGGUUCCAAGUCAAUUCAGCUGACUUGUUGGUUGGAUGAUAAACAAUUGCCAUGCGUUCCUCCAAUUUCUUUGGUCGUUCCUGAAGACUACCCAAAAUCGGCACCAAGUUGCCAUAUGGCCGCUCAUGAAUAUAACGCUACUCAAUUUUUGUCAGCUGUGCAAACGGCUCUGUUAGCGAGGAUAAAGAAGUUGCCGAAGUAUUUUUCAGUUUCUCAGCUAUUGGACACGUGGGAGAUGAGUGUGAGGCAAGCCUCGGCUCCGACAAGCGUUCCCGUUUUUCCCACAACUUUACUCAUGGGGCUGUAGGCUUUAUUGUUGUCUUAAAAUCUUAUUGUCUAGAUUAGAUACCAAUUUUUAUGUAAAAUAAAGCAAUAAAUAAAUGUAUAAAACCAAA